AUGAUUAAAACUAUAACCUUUGAUCCGCGCUCAAGCGAUGAAGAAAGCGAUGAUUUACCAGUUAUAAUAGAGAAAAAACAGAAAGAGAAUAGAUCAAACCCAAAAGUUAAAAGAAAAACUCGUUCUAAACCAAAUACUCGUCAGGCUGUCGUUUUUGAAGACGAAAAUAAUGAUAAUAUUGUUGACAAAUCAAACGAUGGUGAAGAAAUAGCCGUUACAACACAACGUAAAUCUCAGAACAUAAUUCGAGAACAAAUUAAUCAACCAUCGAUUGUUCAAGUACAACAAAAUUCUGAAACAGUUAAAGAAGAAGCAGUUGUAUCAGAAGAAAGUAUUGAAAAUUCUAGUAAAUCAGAUAAAACCUCCUCAAAUUAUAUCAUCAAUUAUAAAUUUUCUUAUACAGGAAAGUUAACAACUUAUAAAGUUAUCAGAAAGAUAGUCCGCCACUUUUAUGGUAGUUCUACCACAUUUACAAUGUUUCUAGGAGAGAAACAACUUUUUUCUAGUAAAUAUAUUCCAAAACAUAACUAUGUACCAAUCACAAAUCAACAAAAAUGCCAUUUCAAAGAUGUUGAUCCCAUUAUUUGUUUAGUUAUUGAUCAACAUCUCGAUCAAUUCUCGAUUCGUGAGAAAACAAUGACUGGUACUGAAAUAGGAGGGCUAAAAUAUACAAUAGCAUCUGAAGUCAGAGCUCGUUUUCGAAGAAUUGUUUUCUACGUGUUUUCAGACGACGGAAGUAAGAAUUGCUAUCGAUUUUCAUCAACGAUUCCUGAACAUUUAUCUGAUGAAUUCCCUAAAUUUGACUUUGAAGGACGAAAAUAUAUAAAUUCUAUUAAAAAUAAUAUUCUUCACGAGCAAUCCAUCAAAAGAAUGUGCUUUUAUCUUAGAAAAGUUGAUGAAAAUGUCGUUGAAAUCGAUACAAAAUGCGAUAUUGAUCCAAUUUUUAUUUUUUCAUUAGGAAUUUCAAAUUUCAUCUCAAAGCUUUGCGGACUUGAUGUAGAUUAG